UUCAGCACAUUGAAAGGAAUAUCUGCAUUGCAUGGGGAUUGAAUAAAACAUUCCCCGGGCAAUUAAAAUCUGUAUUUUGUUUUGAGUAAAAUUGAAUAGAAUUCUUUCAUUUGUUGGAAGCACAAAGAUAUACAUUUUAUUCGUAUUUCUCAUAGAUUUGACAUCAGGAAUGAGUAUAGAAAUUCCUGAAGGAUUGACGGAGCUGUUGCAGAGCUUUACCGUGGAGGUCCUGAGGAAUCAGCCGGGAGAUUUGCUCGAGUUCGCUUUGCAGUAUUUCACCCAACUGAAGGACAGUGAAAUUAGAGGAGCCGCGUUUGGCAAUGACCAAAAUUCGGCCACGAGACCCAGUGGGAAAGCGGUCAAUUUCAUUGAGGAAGCCAUGCAGAUUGAUUCUGAAAAUGGAGAGGAGGAGAGUGACGACGAGGAAUUCACAGCUCCUGUGAUGAGUCGAUUUAUUAGAAGAGCAUCAGUGUGUGCCGAGGCAUUCAACCCUGAUGAAGACGAGGAGGACAAAGAGCAGAGGGUUGCCCACCCUAAAACAGACGAGCAGAGGCAAAGACUACAGGAGGCCUGCCGAGAUAUCCUCCUGUUUAAAAACCUGGACCCGGAACAAUUUUCGCAAGUACUUGACGCCAUGUUUGAGAAGUUCUUUGCGGUAGGAGAGCACAUCAUAGAUCAAGAUGACGAUGGGGAUAACUUCUACGUUAUAGAAAGAGGGAUAUUUGAUAUCUGCAUGAGGGUUGAUGGCAUUGAGAAGACUGUGGGAGCCUAUGAUAACCGGGGGAGCUUUGGAGAGCUGGCCCUGAUGUACAACACCCCCAGGGCGGCUACCAUCAUAGCCACCUCGCCUGGAGCUCUCUGGUGCCUGGAUCGUCUGACGUUCAGGAGGAUCAUUGUAAAGAACAACGCGUUGAAGAGGAGACUUUAUGAGGAGUUCAUUGAAUCUCUUCCAUUCCUUACGUCACUAGAGCUUUCAGAGAGAAUGAAAGUAGUGGACGUGCUGUCUUCUAAACCAUUCAGCGAUGAAGAACAGAUCAUCUCUCAGGGUGAUCUAGCAGAUUGUUUUUAUAUAGUUGAAUCUGGUCAAGUUAGAAUCACCAUGAAAAGAAGCAGGACGAAAAAAGACCAAGAGGAUGAGGAGGUCGAUAUAGCCACGUGCUCAAGAGGGCAGUACUUUGGAGAACUGGCUUUGGUCACGAACAAACCCAGAGCUGCUUCAGCUUAUGCUGUGGGAAGUGUUAAAUGUUUAGUUAUGGACGUCCAGGCAUUUGAGAGGUUGCUUGGCCCCUGCAUGGACAUCAUGAAGAGAAACAUUGCAAAUUACGAAUAGCAGCUGGUCACGUUGUUUGGAAAUAGCACCACUGACAUUGAGGGGAAGAACCUAUGAAAUCCAGAAAGGGUAAAAAGUGAGAUGCACUAUGAUGAAGAUGUGAGAAACCAGGAUAACACUUUAACUUGACACCCAGCAUCAUAACACGUUAUGACAUGGUCAUAAACAUGUCAUAAAAGCUGACAUAACAUGUAAUAACAUGGUCAUAAACAUGUCAUAAUAUGUCAUAAAAGCUGACAUAACAUGUAAUAACAUGGUCAUAACACUGUCGUGACCCAUAUAGUUACACCUGUUGUGACAUAUAUUGCGUUAUUUUAUGGCUG